AUGGAACAAGGCGUCGCCAAAAACAUGUUCAAGAGGCUCUGUGUCUUCUGCGGCAGCAAAUCCGGCAACCGCCAAGUUUUCAGUGACGCCACCAUUGAACUGGCCAAUGAACUGGUUAAGAGGAACAUUGACUUGGUGUAUGGUGGAGGAAGUGUUGGCCUGAUGGGCUUAAUAUCCCAGAGAAUGUAUGAUGGAGGAUGCCAUGUUCUUGGGAUUAUUCCAAAAGCUCUCAUGCCUCUUGAGAUAUCUGGUGGACCAGUUGGUGAAGUGAGAAUUGUUUCAGAUAUGCAUGAGCGUAAAGCUGCAAUGGCUCAAGAAGCUGAUGCAUUUAUCGCUCUACCUGGUGGAUAUGGAACAAUGGAAGAGCUGUUGGAGAUGAUAACUUGGGCUCAACUUGGAAUACACAAAAAACCGGUUGGUCUACUGAAUGUUGAUGGUUACUACAACUCGUUGCUUGCAUUGUUUGACAAUGGUGUUGAAGAAGGCUUCAUUAAGCUUUGUGCUCGGGAUAUACUUGUUGCAGCUUCAUCAGCCAAAGAACUUAUCAUGAAGAUGGAGCAAUAUUCUCCUUCCCAUGAACAUGUAGCCCCUCAUGAGAGCUGGAAGACAAGACAAUUGGGUAAUUAUGCAGAACAGGAGAAUGCAGAAUGA